AGGUGGGCCCAUACGGGCAGCUCUUCCUUCAGCCUCGCGUUCUGUUAGCUGCAUCCUCCUGAGUUCGCCUGUUACACGCGCCGUCGGCCCAGCGUCUUUGCAUCAGCGCUGUUGCCUCGCCUCACGCACUGGCACCCAAGCACAGCGUCGCGCGCCUGCUCCGCUGCCACACGCUCGACCGUUUCCUCUCCCUCCCAUUAUUGCGCAGCAAGCGCAUUUUUCUCACCGAAACCGUCGCCGGCGCCAUUCAUGGCGGUAAUGAGGCCGCCGGACCUCCCUCUCCCUCUCCCGGCGUUCUCUCUCCCUUUCUCCUCCCCAUGCUCUAUAAAACGAAGCUCCGUGCCCGACUGCCCGUGGUGCCGGUUCCCUGCAAUCCCGAGCUCGCCCUCACGCUCUCGUCCUCCCUGCUCGCGCCGACCGCCGCCGGUGCCCUGCUCACUGCCGCCGGAGCCUCGGAGCCGCCACCCGGAGACCUCGGCGCCGUCCUCAUCGACCCCGCCGCCGUCCGACGUCGACCAGCGCUGCCGAGGACCUCGACAUCGCCCUUGCCGACCCCUCUGCUCAGUCGAUCACCGUCGCCCCUCCCGUGCUCGCUCCCAGCCCCCCUACGCGCAAGGAACAGAGGAAGAAGCUGAUUGUGUGGUAGAGGACCCGAAUUCGUUUGAGGAAAACCUGCAUGACUUUUGUGAUCAAGGCAAGUGAAUUCUCCCUCUGCAUUUCUUAUUGAUCCC